UUUAUUCCCGGGUCCUUGUGAGUGAAGGGGUCAGUUUGGAGAAAGACAAGCCGAGGGAGGCACCAUGACGGGCAGCAUCGAGGGACUGGAGAGGUUUGAUAGUCCUGGUAAAGGGCGAGGUCUCCGUGUUACCAAACCCUUUAAAGUUGGAGAGCUGCUGUUUUCCAGUCCGGCGUACUCUUUUGUGUUGUCAGCAAAGGAGAGAGGCUAUUACUGUGAGUUCUGCUUCACCAGGAAAGAGGGUUUGGCAAGAUGUGGGAAAUGCAAGAAUGCCUUCUACUGCAACGUGAAAUGCCAGAAAGGGGACUGGGCCAUGCACAAGCUGGAGUGCUCUGCCAUGACUGCAUUCGGAAAGAACUGGUGCCCGUCAGAGAUGUCUCGCCUGGUGGCUCGGAUCCUCGCCAAGAAGAAAACACAGAAAGAAAGAUGUGUGUCUGAGAGGAUCUUGCUCAUAGACGAGAUCCAAUCACACAUAGAGGACAUUGAUAAUGACAAAAGGGAAAUGAAUGAGGCAGAAGUUGCCGGACUGCAUCGUUUUUUCUCCAAAAAUUUGGAGUUGCCCGACCACAAAGACCUUCUCACACUCUACUCCCAGGUUGCCUGUAAUGGUUUCACUAUAGAAGAUGAUGAACUGUCUCACAUGGGUACUGCAGUCUACCCAGACAUUGCACUAAUAAACCACAGCUGUCAACCCAGCGUCAUAGUCACAUAUAAAGGGACGUCGGCUGAGGUUCGGGCGGUGCAGGACAUGAAGCCUGGAGAUGAAGUGCUCAUCAGCUACAUAGACCUCCUCUAUCCAACAGACGAGCGCAACAACAUGCUGAGAGAGUCCUAUUACUUCAUCUGUGAGUGCCAGGAGUGUAAAACCAGGUCCAAGGACAAGGCAAAGUUGAAAGUACAUAAGCGGAUCGAUCCCAUCGAGCCAGACGUCAUCAGCAACAUGGUGCGCUACGCCAGGAAAACCAUGAGAGAGUUCCGAGCCCUUAAACACAUGAAGACCCCUAGUGAGUUGCUGGAGAUGUGUGAACAGAGCCUGGAGGAGAUGGGAGCCGUCUUUGAUGACGCCAACGUCUACAUGCUCCACAUGAUGUACCAGGCCAUGGGGGUCUGUCUCUACAUGGAGGAUCCAGACAGAGCUAUCAGAUACGGCGAGAAGAUCCUCAAACAUUACAGCAAGUUGUAUCCACCCUACUCUCUGAAUGUGUCCUCCAUGUACCUGAAGCUGGGCAGGCUGUACAUGGGCUUAGACAGGCACUCCGAGGGCGUCAGCGCUCUGAAGAAGGCACUGGCCAUAAUGGAGGUGGCUCAUGGGAAGGAUCACUUCUACUUGACAGAACUGCGCAAAGAGAUGGCACAAAAAUGAAGAGGAUGGGAAAAAUGCACUUUCCAGUCAUUUUGUUAGUGAAGCAAACAUAGAGAGCACUCAUGUUUUUAUGCAAAGUUAUAUGCAGUCAGAAUAAUUGUGAGUUUUGGAAAAUGAACUUUACAUGUUAGUGUUAUGUAUGAAAGAACCUUGUAGUUUGUUUAGUGCAGGAUGAUUUUGUACGAAGCAUGCUUUUAAUGUUUAAGUUAUAAAAUCCUACAAUGUGAACACU